AUGCACGGCGGGGAGCCCCUAAGGGAUGAUGCAUCACUCAGGGACUUCAACGGGGGCAUUGGGUGCCACGUUGCCUCGGCCGUGAAGGAGGCCUUGCUGCUUCCAAAAGAUAUGUCCUACCUGCGAAGCAUGAGGAAGAAUGAGGCUGUCGAAACCACUUUCAAGCUAGAAGAAAUAACCAACUCAUGCUACCAACAAUUGGAAGAUGAAAAAAAAAGACGGACAGCAGCUGUGCAAACACUGACCAUAUUUGAAAAUAGCAAUGCCGAGUUGAAGAAAAAGUUGGCCAAUGAGGAGCAUGCUCGCCGUAGUGCUGACUCGGCCUUGGAGGGCGUACAAAGGCAAGCCAAGGACCAAAGAAAGCGCCUAUGUGAGACAACUGACCAACUGAUUGCUGCUAAGGAACAGAUGGCAGUGCUCAAGAAGCAACUUAAGGAAGCCCAAAGGCUGAAAGAUCAGGCUGAAAAGUCCAAGGCCAAAGCUGAGAAGGCAAGGAUUGAGGCCGAGAAGGCUAGGGAUGAGGCCGAGCAGAAGGGUUAUGACCUUGGAGUAGUUGAGACCGAGAAAACCCUUGGGGUAGAGGUUUCAGCUAUGUGUCGUAUUUACUGCGCCCAGACUUGGGAUGAAGCCCUUAACCGAGCUGGGGUUCAGGCUUCUUUUGAGUUGAGGAAACCUGAAAAUGUAUUCUACCCUUCUGCCAUACGAGCCUCGGACCUUUCUUUUGCUCAAGAUGAAGUGGCUUCUACAAUUGCUGAUCGAAGUAAAGAAGCACAGCCUCAGGAUCCUCCUCUUCCUAGUCAGCAAGGGCCAACAAAAGAAAUCGGUGCUUCCCAAGAAGUACCCUCGAACAAGGCUGUGGUGGUUCCGAAGACAAGAGUAGCUUCCCAGGGCUUUCAGCAAGACUUGGCUUCAACUGUCAUGCCUGCUGAGGGCACCUCUAAAGAUAAAGAAGGAACGACUACCACAGAGGCAGAUAACCCAACCAACAAGACCUCCAAGCUUCAAAUCAAGUUGAAAAAAUGA